AUGUCCUUAGCUUCAAUUCAGCUAGAAGAAAUCUCUCCAAUAAGAGAUGAGGCUGAAGAGCACCUACUUGUGGUGGAUAUGGAAGGCUUGGAAGCGAGAGAGAGAGAAUCAAAACCGAAAUUUCUGAUUCGGAACUUGACCAAAACAUCAGAUUCAGGAACUCCGAUACUGCGAGGGAUCAAUGCGGAAAUACCGAAAGGCGCGAUUGUAGGGAUCAUAGGGCCGAGUGGCAGCGGAAAAUCGACGAUGUUGAGGUCACUGAACCGAUUGUGGGAGCCGCCAGCGCAGUCGAUUUUUUUGGACGACCGGGACAUCUGUGAGCUUGACGUCCUUAGCCUACGGCGGAAGGUUGGCAUGCUCUUCCAGCUACCUGUUCUUUUUGAAGGUACCUACCUCUUUGAUUUUUAGUUGCUUAAACUUGAAGUGGUUAUGACAAAAUAAGGGAGUCUGAAAUCAUUACUAAAAUGUUAAAAGAUUGAUUUUAAUUUUGCGGAGCCAGCCGAAUAAAUUUUAUCAGUAAAGUUGCUCUAUAGCGUUGAGGUUCAAAUCGCGUAACUUAACCCAAUUAGACGGUGAUUUCACGGAGCGGAAUUGCUCUCACACUCUUAUCUUGUGCCAACUAGGUAAGGUGAAUAAUGAAGUGGAAGAAAAUAAAAGAAGACUAACAAAUUGAUUUGAAUUUCGUGCAAGUUAUGCUGUUUGAAAAGUCGAAUGUGUUGAAAAAGAUAUUUAUCAAGUAUCGAAAAACGAUGGGUGGAAUUGACUAGUUAUUAUUUCUUGUUAGGUUUAGGUGAAUUUCUAAGUAAAACAUGUAUAGUGAUGCCUCCUUUUCUUCCUUCCUUGCGAGUGUCGUCAUUGACAGCAUUGCAACCUAGUGGUCCAUGUGG